AUGUCAUAUCAAUUGAGUGCAACACUUAAAGGUCACAACCAGGACGUCAGAGAUGUGGUAGCCGUGGAUGAUUCGAAAAUUGCCAGUGUUUCGAGGGAUGGAACAGUUCGUUUGUGGACUAAGGACGAUCAGUGGAAAGAUACGGUAGUUUACAAAGGCGACGGAUUCUUAAAUAGUGUGUGUUAUGAUUCCGAAAAAGAGCUAUUACUUUUUGGCGGGAAGGACACUAUGAUCAACGGUGUGCCCUUGUUUGCCACCUUAGGGGAGGAUCCAUUAUAUACCUUGAUUGGCCAUGAAGGGAACGUUUGUAGUUUGUGUUUCCAAGAUGGCAUUGUGGUAAGCGGUAGUUGGGACAAAACUGCGAAAGUUUGGAAAGACGGGUCGUUGGUUUACGAUUUGCAAGCGCACAGUGCCUCUGUAUGGGAUGCCAAAGUUGUAUCCUUGACCGAAAAUAAGUUCUUGACUGCCUCUGCGGAUAAGACAAUCAAGCUAUGGCAAAACGAUAAGGUGAUCAAAACCUUUACCGGAAUUCAUAACGAUGUAGUGAGGCACCUGGCUAUGGUGGAUGAUGGUCAUUUUAUUAGUUGUUCUAAUGAUGGCCUUAUAAAAUUGGUUGAUAUUCAUACAGGCAAGGUAUUAAAGACAUACGAAGGCCACGAAAGCUUUGUAUAUUGUGUCAAAUUAUUGCCCAACGGCGAUAUUGUAAGCUGCGGCGAAGACCGGUCGAUCCGUGUAUGGUCCAAGGAGGAUGGUUCAUUGAAGCAGGUCAUUACACUUCCUGCCAUUUCCAUUUGGUCUGUCGAUUCUAUGCCAAACGGGGAUAUUGUUGUUGGAAGCAGUGAUAACCUUGUUAGGAUAUUCUCACAAGAUAAAUCAAGAUGGGCCACAGAAGAUGAAAUAAAUGAACUAUCAAAGCAGGUGGAGAAAUCUACUAUAAGCUCGAAGACAAUGGAAUUCGAUGAGUCUAAAUUGUCACCUUACCAAAUAUUAGAAUCUCCAGGAAGUAAGGAGGGUCAAAUAGUGGUGGUUAAAUCACCCCAAGGUAUUAUAGAGGCUCAUCAAUUCUCAAAUUCAUCAUGGAAAAAGGUUGGUGAUGUCGUCGGUGCAGGUGCUACUGGAAACGACCAAAAGGUUGAAUUUGAGGGUAAACCAUACGACUAUGUCUUUGACGUGGAUAUUGAGGAUGGGAAACCUCCCUUGAAAUUGCCUUUCAAUGUCAACGAUAAUCCAUAUACAGCGGCUGACGAUUUUUUGGCUCGCUAUGAACUGCCACUGAGUUAUAGAGAUCAAGUGGUGCAGUUCAUAUUUAAGAAUACAAAUGGUGUGUCACUAGAUCAACAGGUAGGAAACACUAAUACUUCCUCUUCUGUACCAUCAUCUUCAACAGCAGGUACCAUGAAAAUCCUUCCUGUCAGGCAGUACCUUGUUAUGGACAACUUCAACCCAGAUACUAUUUUCAAUGGAAUUGUGAAAAUCAAUUCUAAUGAGAAGACCUUCGACGAUGAAAUUCUGGCCCAAAUAGGUGGCGCACUACACGACAUCGAUGAAAGUUGGGAAUUGUUACUGUCAUUUGCUAACACGAUAAGAUCCAAGUGGGAAAUCAAGACUCCUGCAUACGACAUUGUACGAUUGAUCGUGAAAAGAUUACCGUAUUCUUCAGAUAUCAAGGAUUACAUUGAAGAAGGGUUGGGUAAUAAGAAUAUCAUAUUGGCCAUGCUGACUGUGCGUAUCUUGGUGAAUUGUUUCAAGAAUGAAAAAUGGGGGUUAAAACUACUGCAAUCAAAUCAAGUCUAUAAAUCAAUUUUUGAAACUGUAGAUACCGAAUUUUCGGAAGCAUCUGCGAAACAGUCACAGAAUUUGGCCGUUGCUGUUUCGACCUUAAUUUUCAACUAUUCAGCUCUUGUGAUAAGAAAAACCUCUGAUUUGGAACUUCUCCCAAUUAUAGCUGACGCCAUAAACACCAAAUAUGGACCGCUAGAAGAAUAUCAAGAAUGUGAAGAAGCCGCAUAUAGACUUGCCAUGGCCUACGGAAACCUGGCUACUGUCGAGCCUACGUUAAGACAGUUUGCCAAUUCUGUAACUUGGCUUGGGAACGUGAAGAGAAGCUAUGGAAACGUGCCAAGAUUCAAGGAUCUUUUUGACGAUAUGUUCUAA